UUGUUCUCAUACCAAGCUGUCUGUGCCCUACAGCUCUCUCACACUCACCACCAUUUCAAAUCGCUUCCCAUGUUCUCUUUAUGGAAUUCCCGGGCUUCUGCUUCAACACUUCUAAACGGUGGAAGAUUCGCCAUCAGUCGCUGUCAUUGUGGCCAUUUUUAUCUUUUUAGGGUAUCUGAAGUUCUGGACCACAUUUGGGGGAAAAACACUAGUCACUCACACUUUGCUAUUUGUCAGCACACCGUCUGUUUGAUUACUCUUUUACAAAGUUCAUAUGGAACACAAUUAAGUAUUGUUGCAUGUGAUGGCGAGUGCGUUGGAUGAUUCUCAACCCAUUUUGAAAGGAUUUACUUGGAGAUAAGCGAUGCCGACAAAUCCAAAAGUUACAGCAGCCUUUCGUGCUAUGAGGAGUCUGGGCAUCGCUGAAGACAAAGUGAAACCAGUCUUGAAAAAUCUUUUAAAAUUGUAUGAGAAAAACUGGGCUCUAAUUGAAGAAGAGAAUUAUAGAGCCCUUGCAGAUGCUAUAUUCGACCAAGAGGAAGCACUGUCGACAGAGCAAAACAAGAGACAUGAAAAUGCUGAUCAAGUGGGAAUGGCAGAGCGAAAGAAGAGAAAUGAUAACACUGAUCAAGUGGAAAUGGAUGAUGAAGAGCAGGUGAAUGAGGAGCCUGAACGUCCCUUGAAAAGGUUGCGCUUGAGGUACCAUGAAGCUGAGGACAUGACAGAUUCAUCUCAGCCAUAUAAAGAGCACACAGGUGCUGGAACCCAUCCCUCUUCGCCCCAGCCACUUACUAGAAACAAAGGAAAGCAACCUGUCUCGCCUAAGCCUUCAUCAGAUUUAGCUUCUCCUCCCAUACAUCUCAGGGGAAAAGGGAAGGAACCUCUAUAUUUGCAAACUGCUUCAGGGGAGAAGAAAACGAUUUCUGGGAGGUCGCCUCAGGGCGUCGUUCCUUUGCCCAAACAGGUGCAGAAUUCUCUGGCUUUGAUCAAGCCUAAAGAUGAGCCCUUUACAGAAGACAUGCCACAGUUUGAGGUUCCUCUUGCGGUGGUUCAUCCAGCACCAUUGAGCAUUGAAAACCCUUCAAGUAGAAAUGGUUUGAUCAGAAAACCCGGUGGUCCUGAACCCCUUGUGUCCCGAUCAAGAAAUCGAGAAGAUAGAAGCGAUGGUCUUCCAUCUCCAUCAACUCAAAGGAGAAACAAUCAUGAGCUUGCAAAUGUUGAGGAGGAGUUUUCUUCUCACUUAGACAUUGCUUCGUCACCAGCUGGAGAGGUGAAGAUUUCAUUGACUUGUAAUCCUGCUCAUGGAAGACCAGGUUUCCAUAUCCCUAGCAUUGAAGCAGUUGUCAAAAUGGUGGAGGAUAGAUGUCUUAGGUCGUACAAAGUUGUGGACCCAAGUUUUUGUGUUAUGAAAAUAAUGAAAGAUAUGUGUGACUGUUUCUUGGAACUAGGAACUGACUCGGUCAAUGAAUCACAUGAAAGGAUAGAUGUUACAGCUGAUGUUGACUUACUGAAGCAAUUUAAUCCACAAGAUUCUUUGGUCUGUGGAGGUAAAUCAUUUGAUGCUAUUGCACCAACCAAUGCACAGGGUGUUGCCGAAGCAGAACCUCUAAGUCCUAGACUUUUACUUUCUUCCAAUGGGACAUAUGAUUGUGCGCAAACUGAAAAUACAGUUGAGAGCAACUAUGAAGUCAAUAACAAAGAGGAACAUAAUGGACUUGACCACGCAAAUGCUCAGAGUCUGGUAGUUGUCCGUCAGUGUGAACCUAUACUUGAUGAAUUAAGGCUUCUUCACAAUGUUAAUGACAUUGCCAGAGGAGAAGAACGAGUAACAGUAUCAUUGGUAAACAAAGCUGAGAAUGAGCCAUUGCCAGCCUUUCUUUAUAUACCACGAAAUGUGGUUUUUCAGACUGCUUGCGUCAAUUACUCUUUGGCUCGGAUUGGGGAGAGUUGUUGCCCAACGUGUUUUGGUGAUUGUUUACUGUGGUCAACUCCUUGUGCUUGUGCUCAUGAUACUGCUGGUAGUUUUGCCUACACAUUGGAAGGCCUUGUUAAGGAAGACCUUUUAGAAGAGUGUAUAUCGAUGCAUCGCGACGCUGAGAAGAAUAGCAUGUUCUAUUGCAAGGAAUGCCCACUAGAAAGAAUUAAAAAUGAUGACAUUCCUGAAGCAUGCAAGGGUCACUUGUCUCGGAAGUUCAUCAAAGAAUGUUGGUGGAAGUGCGGCUGCAACAAACAGUGUGGCAACCGGGUUGUGCAACGUGGCCUGAAUUGCAGUGUGCAGGUUUUUAUGACCCCAGAAGGAAAAGGAUGGGGUCUUCGCACCCUGCAGGACCUCCCAAAAGGUGCGUUUGUGUGUGAAUAUGUUGGGGAAAUUUUGACCAAUGCCGAGCUCUCUGACAGAAUUUCGAAAAGCCCCAACAGUGAGGGGCUUGCAUAUCUUGUGCUACUUGAUGCUAAUUGGGGUUCAGGAGGAGUUUUAAAAGAUGAAGAGGCUCUUUGUUUGGAUGCAACAAACUAUGGUAAUGUUGCAAGGUUUAUUAAUCACAGAUGUUUUGAUCCAAACUUGGUUGAGAUACCUGUGGAGGUGGAGACCCCUGACCAUCGCUAUUAUCGCCUUGCCUUCUUCACAACCAGAAAGGUUGAAGCUUUUGAGGAGCUCACAUGGGAUUAUGGUAUCGAUUUUGAUGAUUCUGAUCAUCCAGUCAAGGCAUUCAGGUGCCAAUGCGGCAGCGAGUUCUGCCGAAACAUCAAACGCUCGAGUAGAUCUAGAUCUUCCGCGAAUGAAGGUUAAAGAUUUGGGUUUGUGAAGGUAUUCACUAUUUAAUGUUUUGAGCUUUUUCCAUUGGUGAAAGGAAGAAACAGCUGAUGAUGCCGGUUUUGAUACACUGACUACUCCGCAGGCUAUAGCACUUAUGUAUCGACAUGUUUUGGGGUUACUACCAAUGCUUUGAGGGUUGAUAAUAGUUUGGAAUGCUUUUGUUCGGUGUUAUGUAGAUACAUGCGAUAUGUUUGGCCCAAUCUCUGAGGGUUAAGUUUAGUUUGUUCUAUAUGCAGCUUUAAACAAGAUAGGAAACAUCGUAUAACAAUGAUCGUCCCCCUAGUGUUUUGUAUAUGGGGAGAUUUUUGUAAGCUAUUGUGGAGGAUGGCUAUUGUGUACUUAUUUAUGUAUAGCAGAAGUAACUUGCUGGAAA